GUUGCGACGCGAUGGACGGGAGGCGUCACAGGGCGGAAGUUGUUUUGCUCGUAUAUUUCAUCUUUGGAUUUAGCGUCCGGUGACAGUCUCUGGGCCCGGAAUAAAGAUAGUAAUAUGAUAAUAAUCGCACGUGAAUGUCUUAUGCAGUGACGGGAUGGAGGUGUUGGACAGCCCUCUCAACCUCGCCCAUCAGCAGUGCAGGAAAGCAGACCGCUUGCUGGCUGCUGGGAAAUUUGAGGAUGCCAUCUCCUGUCACAGAAAAGCUGCAGAACUUCUCCAAGAGGCCAUGAAGCUCACAGAAUGUGAACAGGCCCGCUUGUCUCUGGAGCUCCAGAGAGACAGUCACAUGAAGCAGCAGAUGCUGAUAGAAGAACGAUGGAAACGGGCAAGACGAGAAACCAAGCCCAGAGCGCUGCAGACCGUCUCUUCAGACCACACGCCACGCCGCCACCCACAGCCGAGCGCAGCUACCGGAGACACCUCGCAGCCAGAGCGCGAGUACGACACCUGGCUUUACCUCCUGAAGAACAAAGACGUCCGCUCUGAGCCCUGCCCGGGCAGUAAAGCCCAGAAAGAUGACAAAACCCGCCUGGAGGAGCAGCAGACCACCAUCGAGGACCUGCGCAAACUCGUGGACAAGUUGGUGUGCGAGAACGAGCGUCUGAAACGGGACAACGAGAACCUGCGGACAGAGAACGCCCGGCUGAAGAAGGAGCCCUACGCCGACGCGGACUUCGUGGAGAGGUCGGAGCUUUGGGUUCUUCCGCGGUCGGGCGAGGAACGCAAGGCCAAGGACAUUCCCAUCCCUCAGCUACCUCCGCUGGAGAUGCCCACUCAGGAGAUUCCUCUGGAAGACCUUCCUGGUCUGGAGCUUCCAGAGGACAUCCAGCAAGAACUGCAGGAGCUGUUGGACAACGAGAAGCUGUGACCGCUUCACAGGGACGUUACGGAUUGGAAGAACCCGCCGAAGUGAUCGGAGCGCGUUUCGCUCGCCCUUUCUCAGUGGCGCCCUCUAGGCUCUGUAGCUAUAAAACUGACAAAUACAAGGAAAACAACUCUUUUGAAGUUUGUGUGCCUUUUUGAACAUUUCUAACUUGAUUUUGUUAUGAAGUUCAAAUGAAAGGGACUGGAGAUGACACACGCUGUUAUCAGUCAUAACGUACGAAUAAUAUCCACUUUCACCUUUUAUCAGCCUCUUCAGAACCCCGCUAUGAGUUAAAACAGGUGUAUCCCACAGAGACACAGCGGACGAUGAACACUGUGAACUACAUCCAGACUGUGUUUGUGUGUUGUAAGAGUGUGUGUGUGUGUGUGUGUGUGUUUUGUGCUGUACCCUGACCUGUUGAUAAGCACUAUUGAUGUGAUGGAAAUGCAGCUUUAGUUUUCUACAUCAGAUUUCAAAUCCAAUGCAGUUUUAGUUCUGCAUCCUGUUUCUGAAUCCACACACAGACACACAGAUAACCAGCUUACAACCCUACACACUUGUAUUGCCUUAUUGCAAAAGUCCAGUAGAGUAAUAUGAAGGCCGGUCAUGAUGUCAUCUCUACCACCCUGGACGAUUCUUCACACAGUGUCUUUGUAGCAACCCUGAAUUCUAAAACCGUGCUUAUGUUUGAUGAUUUGUAUAGGGCAAGGGGCAACUCUUUCUUUCAGGGUUGAAGUCAGAAAUGGUGGCAUUCGAUUACCGUACAGCGAGUGUGAAUUAUAAGCAAUAAUCCCAUGCAGUACAGUAACAGAAUUGCAUUAUAGUGGCAUUUUACCUAAAGGCAUUUUCUUUGUUUUCUGUUUGUCUUGUAAUUUCCCGCUUGGCUUUGUCUUCAUGUUGUGGCUGCUCCAUCACACGAUCUCAAACUCGAUGAAAUGAAGGUCCUGGGAUCCUGAAGCUUCAGUCGGGACUCAGAGGAACCGAGGAUGUUGUUGUUUAAUUUGUACUGUAAUCAGUCAAGGGUUGUCCAGAUGUCAUAAUCACGUUGUUAACAUGUUCAGGUAACUAACUGCACAAUCAUACCAUGUUUAACAAUAAAGCAGGUUCAUGCCGAUUCACGUGCCAGAUGUGAAAAGAAAGCUUUUAAAUGCAACGCAGCAAAGUUUCAAACAGUGGCUCGUAUUUGUGUCAUGAAGAGGGAACCAAAUCCACAUUUAGCUUUUUUUAUUUCAAUGUUUCAUUACUGGUUUACCACAGUAAUCAGGGCGCAUCUGAUUUUUUGUUAUUUUAAAUUUUUUGUGUGAUGUUAUAAUCAUGAGGAAAAUGUUUUGAUGCAUGAAUGAUUGUACUAGCUGUAAGUAUAUGAUUAAGAGAGUUCGUGUAUAAUUCUUUUGUGAGUUUACUUGAUCUGGUGAGCAUUAAAAAAUGAACACA